ACCAGAAUCUCCUAUUAUUUAAAAAUUAAGUAAAUAAUAAAAAUUUCAGUUUAGUUAGUAGGUGUAUCUGGAAUAAAUGCAAAAGGAAUACAGUUGGAAGAAGCGGAAUGUUUUCAACCAGGUCAUAUAAUUCUCCUAAAGAUUCUUUGAAUGAAAAUGUAAAAAAAGUUCUUCAAUGCCGUCAACUUGAAUACAGAAAACAUUUAUACCCUGAAAAAAUUCAACAAAAAUAUAAAGCUUGCCUUAUGUCAAUUCCUGCACAAAUAUAUUCUAAUGUAUCAAAAAUAAGCAUUGGAAGUCCAGUUGGUGCUACAUUUGGAACUAUGUCAAUUUAUCAUUUUAAUCCGAGCAAUAUUUCAAUGCAGGCAUAUUCUUGUUGUUUAAUAGCAUUUGGAAUGGCAUAUUCUGUUCCAGAAAAGGAUUGGAAUACUUUAAUAAUUAAUCAAAUUCUUGAAGAUGGAAAAAAAUUGAUUGAAGCUUCGAUCGUUAAAGAGGAAAACAACCCAAAAAAACUCAACGAAAUAACGGUGAACAGAAAAUUUGUCGUCAAUAAUAAUGUAAUGGAAAUUGAAAUAUUAGAUCCGGAAUACACUGGAAAAGUUCAGUCUAAAGAUUUAACAGUUCCAAUAUUAUUAACAUCAAUGAAAAAGUUUUUCCAAUAUUCUUCAUAUGGCUUGUUAUUGUUUGGUAAUGAAACCUACUACUUCAUAUGGAAAAGAUACGGAAUGUACUUUUUAUGGGAUUCAUACGGAAGAGAUCAUGAAACUUUGACCGUAAAACCGAAUUCAAACGCUGUUUUAGUAGCGGUUCGCUCUCCAGAAAAUUUAUAUUACUACAUUGUUAACUUAGGAAACAUGAAUAUAGAUGGAAUAUUUUCUAUAAGAAAAUUACAAAUGUCAAAAAUUAUCCCUAAUUGCUCCAACCUCAAAAUGGAUCAAGUUUCCAAAAAUUCUAUUGAAACAUUUCAAAUUGUUAGUAAUAAGUAUGCAAUACUUAAAGGUCAUAUUCAUAUUGGAUCAAUUUGCUUUAAAGAACUUCGGUAUAAACAAUCGUUGACUGUGGCAAUAAUAGCAUUGUUAUAUUCAAAAAUUUCGCCUACAUGCAGUUGGGAUAACCUUAUGAUUGAUGAAAUUAUUGUUUUUGGCACAACAUUUUACAAAACCUGGAGUAACUGCUUACACUGUUCUGAAUUUACUCUUUAUGAUAUUCCAAAUAAGAUUACUAUUGGCCAGUAUAUGAUAGAUGUUUCUGUUAAUCUCAAUAUAGAGUUUGGUCAAUGGAAAUGUGUUUCAAAUUAUAAACGAAGUGGACUAACGAAAGCACUUAAAAAUUGUUUUGCUAAAAACGUUAACCUAAUUUUACAAAUUGAAAGUAAAAGUUACGCUAUAUGGAAAAGGCAUGAUAUUUAUUACAUCUUUGAUCCAUACGAACAUCAAGCAAAUCGUGGAGAUUUUGAACGAUAUAAAUCAGCAGUUCUUCAUAUGUGUAGCACAAUAAAUCAAUGUUGUUCAAUUUUGACUCAGCUCAUUCUAGAAAUUCCAUCCGCAACCAAUUUUAACUUACAUUCUGUGCGUAUAUUAAAUAUAGUCGAUCGCAGAAUUGAAACAAACUAUGAAGAAGGACAAAUAUUUUGCAUUACCCGUACGAGUGGGAUACUGAAAAAUGAAGAGAUUAAAUCAUUAAACGAGUCAGUUGAAGAUUUAGUUUGUCACGAAACGUUUAAAUGUACUUGUGAUUUGAAAAAUUUAGCUGAUAAAAUUAGUGUAGCAGAUUUAAAUUCACCUGGAAUUUCAGAAACACAAAUAGCAAAAGAUUACUUUGAUAUUCAAAAUCAAAUAAUGUUUGAAACACAAGUAGCAAAUGCUGAGAAAAAGUUAAAAGAAGAGCUGCGCAGAAAAUUAAAUGAAGACAACAUAGAAGAAUCAAAAAUUCAGGAUAAAGAGGAUUUGUAUGAAGAACAAGAAAAAGAAGCGGAAGAUGGCAUAACUGUAGCACAAUUAUUUGAAGGUGAGAACCUGCCAGAUGAGGAUACCUUUACCAUUUCAAGUCAAAAAAAUGAUAUUCUUCCAAUUAUUAAUGAUGAUCUGGAUGAGCAGAAUAAAAACCACUUUGCAGAUACAGCGCAUGUUGAUGAUGAUAAUGAGCUCGUCCAGAAAGUAGGUGAUUUGGCAAAGGGAGAUAAAGAUAUCACGCCAAAGGGAGGUGAAGAUGAAAUAUUAUUAGAUAAACUAGCUAAGUCGACUGAGAUUGAUAAAAUGGAAAUGUUAGCAAAAAUAUGUAAAUCAGACGAGUCAUGCGCACCUAGUGUGAGAUCAUGUCCCAAACUUGAGAUCAAACAAGAUAUUGAAAUAUGCAAUGCAAAAUAUUUAGAACCGAUUACUUGUGCUCCACAUGCAAAACCAAAGAGACCGACAAUUCAUUCAUUCCGUAAGAAACUAGCAAUCGUUGGUACAGAAAAAUGUACUUACAAAAAUCUACGCAACCUUCUUAAUAGUGCCUUCAAAUGCACUGAUCGUUUAUUAGCAAUAACAAAAUAUGGCAACUACAUAGUUUUCAAAUAUUUUCAAGAAUAUUAUUUGUACAAGGGUUGCAUACAUAAUGUUGGAAAGUUUCGUUGCCUUGACUUAUCAAUUAGUAAAUCUGAUUUUAUUUAUUUAGCGACAUUAGACGAUGUUAUCAGUUUUAUGAAAUAUGAUGCCGCUAGUGAAGAUUGUGAUUGGGAAGAAAUAAAUGUUCAAAAAAAGAUUGAAGAUAUUUGUAAUGAAUAUGGCACAUAGUUACCUAGAAAAGUAACAAAAUUGAUAAAUUUAAAAACUGCAAAAUAUUGGUCUUACAAUUCUAUUUAUUAUAUAACGUGAGCCAUUUCAGUGAUAAAAGUUAUACAAAUAACUGAAUAAGAGAUUA